UCCAGUCUUCUUCUUUGUAUUGUGUGAAUUUGGUUGAAUUAUGGACGGUUGUGAAGGCAAAAUAAUGAUACCGUUUGCAUAAUAGCCCAACUGUAAAUGGAGGAUAUGUUAUGGCCGAGCUUGAGGAAAAGUCGUUUGCUAUUUUUCAGGCUAGAGCAGAACUUAUUUCUGGUGAAAGCUCGUGCGACAAAAGUGAUGUUAAUGAUCUAGGCCCAUCAACUUUGGGGCUUGUUGGACUGACUACAACUGCGAAUUAUGAAGAAGUGGUAUCGGAAAUAGCAAAUGGCGGCCACAUUGCAGCUGUAACCCAAAAUAAUACGGCUAGCCCGAAUUCUAGCCAUACUGUAAUGAAAUAUCAUACUUCGGAUAUUGUUAUGACAGAGUCAGAAGGUCCUCACAAAAUAGAGGCGCUUGGAGACUCCCCAUCCAGCAGUAGCCUGAAACCGACAAUUGACAGUGCAGAAAUUGCAAAGCUUGUUGAGGUUGCAACGGAAGUGGAAAAAGAAGUUACUGACCCUUCUUGCACUGGUAUUGUAUUGCCAAAGAUCCCAUCUAACUUAGAUAUUGGUAUGACUGAACCAGAGAGGUCAGACAAAGUGGAGACACUGGAGGAGACCCCACAGAAUAGCAGACUGAAACCAACUAUUGACAGUGCUGAAAUAGCAAAGCUUGUUGAGGUUGCAACUAAAGUAGAAAAGGAGGUUACCAACCCCACAUGCACAGGUACGCCAUUGCCAAAACUUCCUGAUAGCCUAGAUGACAAUGCAAGUGCUUCUGAUGUUGAUAAGAGAUUUAAUUCUAGAUAUGUUUCUACUUUUGAAGAAGCAAGGAAGGUUAUUGAAGCACAUGAAAUCUUAACAGGGACAAAAUAUGUUAUAUGGAGAGGACUAGCAGGGUUUGGAAAUGCAAGUCCUCAAAUCAAAGGAAGGAGAAUCUUAUGGCAGGAAAUGAGGAAAUCAACAGAUCAAAUGAGACAUGGUAUUGAGAGAGAUAAUAUACCGUUUAUUGUUUGUGGGGAAAUAAUAUAUGACUGUGUUCAUGGAAAUGAUAACCAUAAAUCUUGGAAAUCACUUUAUGCAAAAAGGCUAAAAGAGAAGGAGGAAAAAGGAACCCCAAUCAAGUCAAGAAAGAGGAUAGCAAGUAGUAAAAAGGUUGGUUGUCCAGCUAGGAUUUACUUGAAGGAAGUUAUAAAGUUUCCAGAUCAUUCUUCCCCGAAAUUUACCGAAUUUCAUAAAAAAGGGACCGCAAAACGACUUCGCAGUGAUGUAGAAAGUGGAAAGAAUGUCAAUUUUGAAAAAAGAAUUUAUGUUUGUUUACCAAGUAUUGAGGAGCAUAAAUACCAUCCAAUUGGUGGGAAUUUAGCAGAGGUCAAUCAAGUUACAUUUAAGGCACCUAUCAACAUUGCAGUUGUAAAAUAUUGGGGAAAAAGAAAUACAGCCUUGAAUCUUCCUCUAAACUCAUCAUUAAGUGUUACACUUGGUUUAGAAGAAAUUUCAGCUAAAACAACUGUGGCUAUGAGCACAAACUUUAAUGAAGACAAAUUCUGGCUUAAUGGUAAAAAACAAGAUAUACGAAAAAAUGAAAGGAUACAAAAUUGUUUGAAAGAAUUACGCAAAAUGGCACGCAAGAGAAAAGGCUCAAAAGACAAGUGCUGCUUGAGUAAGCAACAUCUCCAUAUUUGUUCAGAGAAUAAUUUUCCAACAGCAGCUGGGCUUGCAUCAUCUGCUGCUGGGUAUGCUUGUUUAACAGCAGCUCUAAGUAAACUUUUGGGUGUAGAGAACGAAGUGUCCCAUAUUGCAAGACAAGGGUCUGGGAGUGCUUGCAGAAGCAUGUAUGGAGGAUUUGUUAAAUGGAAUAGAGGGGAAAUGGAAGAUGGUAUGGAUAGCAUUGCUGUUCAAAUUGCACCUGAGGGUCAUUGGCCUGAGUUGAAAGUCCUUGUUGCAGUUAUCAAUGAUCAUCAGAAAAAAAUCAGUAGCACUGAAGGAAUGCAAAGAAGUGCUGCAACUAGUGAACUUCUCUGGUACAGAGCUGCAUAUGUUGUUCCUAUCAGAAUGGAAGAGAUGGAAAAAGCGAUUUUAGAGAAAGAUUUUGAAAAAUUUGCAGAGCUGACCAUGAAAGAAAGUAGCCAACUUCAUGCAGUCUGCUUGGACACAUACCCGUCAAUAGAGCCACCUUAUUUAAACGAAGUAUCACACCAGAUUAUGGAACUUGUUACAGUGUUGAACGAAGUAGCUGGAAGAUCAAAAGCUGCAUUCACUUUUGAUGCAGGACCAAAUGCAUUUAUAUUUACAACAGAUGAAUAUUUUGAUGAGGUUUUGUCUCUUCUAGAAUCUCAUUUCAAGCCAGAUGGUGCUGAUGGUGAGUCAUUUUUCAGAGGUAUUAAUUCUGGAAAUUUGAGAAGAACAAGUGUUGAUCCUGUUGUCAUAGAAGAACUCAACAACAGAAAGUUCAAGGUUACCAAAGGAGGUGUGAAAUACAUUAUUUGCACAAAGUGUGGAUGUGGACCAGAGGAGCUGCCAUUUUCAGAAUCUCUUUUAAAUCCUUUUGGUUUACCAAUUGAUAAUCAGAAUCUUUGUGAAAAUAUAUUGGAACAACCUACUGCCGCCAAACUUUGAUGCGUUUCCCUGCAUGAUAGUGUCAAAAUUUUAGACUGCUUAAGUCCAUAUUUGCACACUAAAACAAGUGUAAAGAGGAGACUGAAAAAUUUGGAAUUGGACUCGUAUCAAUAUGUUGCAUAUGUAAUGAUUUCCCAAUAGUGGCUCCAAUUAUUGUUGGUCAUCUCAAACUUUAGGUUUAAAUCUGACAGUUAAUUCAUGUUAAUAUUCUAUGUAAUAGAAUAAUAACUUUACAGAAUAUCCUCAAGAAAUCUAGCUAGAUAAGAACACCUAAACUCCAAAAGAGGGAUCUAAAUAUACUAGGACUGUUAUACAUAGACAAUUUUGUUUUCAUGUUCAAUGGCAUCCACAGAGUCUGUCUACCCAAAAAUUAUGAGCUGCUUCUUUUGUCUGCAUCUUAUUAACUUCUCCUCUCCUCCCCAUCACCUACAUGCAGAAGGGACACUGGUAAAUAUUUUAUGCAUAUUUUUGCAUGUUUUCACGAUUUUGUAUUAUUUUUAGCCGUUGAUCUACUUGUCAAAGUAAUAUUGUGAUAAUGCAUAUUACUGUUUCUCCUUGAAUCUCAGUUUUCCCUGUAUAAGCUUUCGUGGAGCCUACCCCCUUCCCCUAUUUGAUGGUGCCUUAUCUGUGGAUGCUCUUUUGCAAAUACUUCUUUUAUUAAAAAUUUUUUACAGCAUCUUGAUAAAUUUAACUGUGCCUGCUGGAACAUAAGAUGCUUUUUACAUUGUCAGUCAUUCCUUUGUAACCAUUCACUGUUCGUUAUUAGAACCUUUUUAAACUAUUUAAUUCACAAUCCAGUUUAUUGCCCCUGUCUAAUUAAAUUGUCAUAUACAUAGGUACAUAUUGUUUAAUAUAAAUGGCAGUGGUAUUUUUGUGCUAGGACUUUAGAUUAUAAUUUUAUUUAAGUCCUUAUUUCUAGUGAAGAAUGAAAGGAGGC